AGUUCACGACAGAAAGACGUUCCAUUAGUUCCGUCGUCCGGGGUCGAACGCUCGGUCGCGGUUUCGUGAUUGGAAUUGAAUGUGGGCACUACCUUUCGAGAGCAAAUGGCUUCAUGUGGGGCGGACCCCCUCCGAUACGAUCUGAAGUGGGUGGACGGCGUUUGCUACAGGGUGCAUCCGAAGGUCGUGGUGGAAGCUCGUCGAAAAGAUCAAGUUUCGGGAAAAUCCAGACGCUCUGGAGAGACUGACGACGCGUUCGACGACUACGACGAAGAGGAAUCUUGUGGAUCACGCAGAGAUGCACAGGGUGGUGGCCAGGAAGCGUUCAGCGAGUCUAUCCAUGUCCCCGAUCGCUAUUUGGCGCGAAUAUGCGGAUCGCAGCACAGUCGGCGCAAAGAAUGGGAAAACUUGACACACACGAAGAUCGAGAUCCCUAAGAAGGGUGAAUCGGGUGACGUGGUUGUUUCAGGCAACGACGAGAACGACGUCCAGUUGUGCGUGGAGAAAAUACAGAAUCUGGUUUUGAGUUUACGUUCGAAGGACUCGUUCACGCAUUUCAUUUCGAUCCCGCUGACAUAUCCGGAAGUGCAGAGAAGCCUGGCUGAUUUCAAACAUCUCGUUCUCCAGUCAUCUUCAUCGUUCGCGGGUCCCGGAAUCAUGGACAGAAUGUUCAUAAAAGAGCGAAAACUCCAUCUGACGGUCUGCUGUCUGUGUCUUUUCGACAAGAAUGAGGAAGCCCAAGCGAUUGAAAUACUCCAGACAUGUGAUGAACUCAUCAAAGGAUCUCUCGGCAACGAACCAUUCAACAUCGAGGUCCGUGGUCUGGAAAUAAUGAACGAUGAACCCUCUGAAGUCAAUGUUCUAUACGCGAAAGUAUUCGAGCAAGAUCGCAGCGAUGCAGGCAGGUUGCAGAUCCUGUGCGAUUCGAUCGUAGAACGAUUCCGGCAAUCGGGCUUCUUGAGGAAUAAGCUCGCGUCCAGCAGGGAGAAACUCAAACUCCAUAUGACCCUCAUCAAUUCGAAGUUUUCUGAGGACCCAACUGCUGUGGACGACCCGAGCCAGAGCUUGAACCAGCGGUCGGUAGGCAGCAAGCAGGAAAGGAAAUCGUCACCUUUUGACGCCACAAACAUCUUGAAGAACUUCGGUGACUUCCGGUUCGGGAUGGUCCAGCUAGACCGAGUUGAGCUCAACGUCGUCUCGAUCAGUGAGCCGGGAACGGGUUACUAUCGGAAGCUGAAACAUCUUCGACUCCCCACGACGGCGGCCCCUCAAUGAUCGACUGCUCAGAAUCGUCGACAAGAAUAUUUUAAUAAUAAAUUAAAUGUAGAGUAAGAAGAUGUGAAGAAACUA